AUGAUAACAGAUGAACCAACUGUUGAAAUAACAAAAGAAGUGUUGUAAGGAUUGAAGAUAUAGAAAGUAUACAAGGACUUUGUAAUAUUAAUACCUAUUUAUUAGCUGAAAGAAAUCAACUCAAUAGAUUUUUCAUAGAAUGGAUAAUAUUUGGUUGCAUGUGAUGAUCAAGUUGUAAAUGUUUUUGACAUCGCCAAUAUGAAGUAUGUUAUGUGAGGAUGAAAAUGUAGAAAGAUCAGGACGAUGUACAAUAACACUUAGGAGAUUGAUAUGGUGAAAUUUACAAAGGAUUAGAGUCAUAUAAUUUGUGUGACAAAAAAUGAACCAUGUAAAUGAAAUAUGCUAUUUAAGAUGAGAUCUGGCAUUGGGCGUUUGAGGAGAAUCAAAUAUUGAAGAAGUUUUCUGGACACACUAAAAUGUAAUUGAAGUAAAAUUAUUAGUAAGAAUUUAUUAACUAGAAAUUUAUAAUCAAAUAAUUCUAAGUUGCAGUUUUGAUGACACCUUACGAUUAUGGGAGUUGAAUCAACAGUAAGACUCCUGUUAUGCAGUGUUAGACAUGAGUUCUAAACCUGAUAAUAGGGUAUUAGGGGCUUUUGAUUGCAGUGGGAAUUCUUUCGGUAUGGCUUUUGUAGAGAAGGAGAAUGGGCAAUCUAUUAAUUGUGUCUAGCUAUAUUAAAUUAGAAAGUUUGAAUUAGGACCUUAUCAAGUCAAGAAGGUGUCAGGAACAACCAUAGUUCAAUUAAAGUUUAGUAGUGACAAUCAGUUUUUAUUAUGUGUUUGUUCGGAUGGUCAAAUAUUAAUUUUAGAUAGUUAUUUAUUAAACACAGUAAUUCGUUAGAUUUAUUGAUAGUUAUUUGAUAUUCCAGGAAAUGCAGACAGAACGAAUGUCAAUGUUUGUUUCACUCCAGAUUCCAAAUUCUUGAUUACUGGUAGCAAUAGUGGAUACCUAUAUAUGAUAUCAAUAUAGAAUGUGAACAAAACUCAAACGCAAAGUGGCUAAUUGAUUGCCAAAGUGGAAGGACAUCAAAGGAAAUGCAAACUAGUUUUAUUCAAUCCAAAAUAUUGUUGUUUGAUUAGUACUUGUAGAAAUCUUGUUGUUUGGACUCCAAAUCAAAUAUUGUGA